AUGACCGACAUCGAGGAGAUCGCUUCGACCGACGGCCCACACGUGGGUCAGAAACGAUCGGCAUCGCCUGAUUCAUUUCCACAAGGGGAAGAUUCCCUGCGCCGCGAGAUCAAGCGCCUCCGUGCCGAGAAGAGCAGUCUCGAGGUCAAAUGCCAGGUGUACACCGAUCUGAUCUUACGUUUCCAUUCAGGUGAUUCAGCUGGGCCCGCUGUCCCGACCCCCGCGCCGAGCUCCACUGUCGAGAAGGGGCCCCACGAGUCACUCCGCGAGUUCGCCAAGCAGGUGCUAAAUCUCGAGCGGACCGGGGCCGACAAAGACAGCGGACUCGACCUCGGCUGUGCUGAAAUACUGAUAGCUACCGAUUACCCCGCCUGCGCCGACACGUGGACUAGCAUCGCAUGGGACCGGCACCAAACCAAGCAGAAGUCUUUGGCUAUAGUUCCGGCGGCAGAACCCAUCGAGGGCACGCAUGUCAGUAGUCGCGGGCGGAUCUACCACGGCUACAACGACAAUUACAAGUGGAUGGUCAACAAGGACGGAGUGCCUGUCGACGGCUGCGUCGCGCUUGCCGUCCUUCGCACCGCCCGAUUGAUCUUUUCCCACUGGCGUCGGAAGAACAUGCUUGCCCCCACGUUCCUCAACCUUCCAUACGAGGCUAUCUGCACAUAUACAUGCGUCAUCGAGAAGAUCCACCCGGUCCUCAAACUUGCGGGGGACCAUUGGAAGAGUCGCCUGAUCGCCACGCAGAUUUACCCGAGUGAAGCGGACAAGGUUUUCAAGUCCAAAAACGGCGCGGCAAAGGCGACCAAGACCGAGCCUGAGGACGACUCGGACAUGACCUCGGGUCAGCCAGGGGCGAGUUCUUCUUUUGAUUCGGCUUUCAUUUCAUUCACGUCUGUUACAGAGCUCGAACAGGACACUGGCGACAACGACUCGUCCUCUGAUGAGGCCGAUGACCAGUCGUCGUCCACCGAACCACUCGUACUCCGCUCCCGGUCUAUUGCUUGUUCUGACGCGUCUCUCCGCGCUGCCCCUGCCAAGAGCAUCGACGCUGUCUCAACCGCGAUCGGCGGCGACAUGGUUGCUCCUCCCACGGUUCUCUUCCCUCCUGAUGCCUGUACUACCGUAGCGCCUGCCGAGCCCGAGGACGCGCCGCGACCUCAAGCCGAGCCCGCUACUGCAGGAGCCAAGGACCGGGUCAAGAAGGGAAGGCCAGGUCCUCCAUCGGCACCUAUGGGAAAGCCACCCAUUGGAAGCGGAAAGAGUCUCUGGUGCGAUCGCAUCUGGUGGCCGCUUCUCGGAACCAAACCCGAAGGGACAACAGCCCGUUUCAACGCUGAUUGGAAGGCGCUGUCUCAGGAGGACCGCGAGGUGGUCUUUAUGUUUAUAUUCACGCUUUCGAACGCUACUGACAUAGACUGGAGCCGCCAAGGAGAAGGCCACACAGGACUCGACCUCGUCGAGGGAGAAGAGAGCCGCCAAACGGGCGGCUUAGUCGCACUCUCCAACGUCUCCGCCGUUCGAACGCGUUCUUACGCACACGGCGCUCUUGCUUUCUUGCCGACUCUCGUGACCUGGUCUUGGACGCGCGUGCAUAUCGCUCGUGUCGCUUUCAUAUGGAUUUUGGGGGUUUUCGAUAUAUUUCGAUGGUUAUGUAUUAUUCACGAGCUCAAUUAUCCAAAACAUGCUUUUCCAUGCGUAACUAUGAGAAUCAACAACUGUUAA